UAAUGACUGACUUUAUUUAUUUAGCUAAUUAAAACAAAAGCUGCUCAUGUCAAUUCAAUUGUUGAAUGAAAAAACAGAAAAUUUCUAUCACCAGUUGUGUUCAUCUGAAAAACUGGUUAAGAGCAAUGAAUUUUGGGAUAACCAGUAAACUUGAUUUUUCACCUUUUUUCAGCAAUUGAAUAACAACCCCUCAACUUACCUAAACCAGUGGAUUACCAAUAGUUGUUUAACCCUGUGUAAUAAUGGGAAAAGUUACAUUUUAUGAUGAUUUUGUUGCUUCUGUUUGAUAUAUUUAAUAUUAUAUUGAAGAUGUUGAUGACAAUACCGAUAAUCUUGAUUAAAUUUGAUCUAUAUAAGCUUCAAGUAGAUGAAUAUCAACUUGAAGCAUGUUUAAGUUGAGUGUAGAAUUUUAAUGAUGAUCAAUAUUUUUAGUUAAAUUAUAAACACUUUCUGUAUUUAUUCCUUUCCCUUUACCCAUUCACUUUCAUUAAUGUAAUUGUGCCACAACAACCAGUAUACUGUUAAAAGUCAUUUAUAAUUGUGAUCCCCCAUUCAUCUAAUCAUCUAUUUAUUGUAUAAUUGUUAAAUAACUCAAUCCAUUCAAAUAUGGAUUUAAAAUUGAAAAAUUUGAAAACUUAUGGUACACAAGAAGAGGAUAAGUCAAACUUGAAAAAAUCAAACAGCGGUUUUGUAACAAAUUUUUGCACAAAUGGAAUUGAUAAUACAAUUAGACGAGGAAUGUCAGUGUUGACCACAGUUUUAUUUGUGGCUGGUGAAAAUGCUGGAGCUGGACUGUUAACAUUACCACAUACUCUUAACAAGACAGGAUGGAUUGGAGUACCAUUGAUGUUAAUUAUGUGUUUUGAUGCUGCGAUAGCUGGUUCACUAAUCGGUAAAUGUUGGCUUAUCCUAGAGGAAAGAUGGCCUGAAUUUCAAGCAUCUUGUCGUGAUCCAUAUCCAGCGAUUGGUCAAAUGGCUUAUGGAUCCAAGAUGAAAUCUGUGAUCACACUCUUUAUUCAGCUUAGCUCGAUUGGCUCAAGCUGUGUUUGUCUUAUGGUUUGUGCUCAAUUAACAUCUGAUCUUAUCGAUCCUGAUAGAGUUUUAUCAUAUGGAGUUUGGAUAUUAAUAGUUUGCGCUGCCAUUUGUCCUCUCAUGUGGCUCGGCACACCCGUUGAAUUUUGGCUUGCUGCGGCUGUUGCUUUGGGUACAUCUACAAUAGCAGUGGCAAUAUUACUGUUCAAUAUCGUUAAAGUUUUUAUUUCACUUGAAUCAUUACCGACACCUUCACCAACCAAUGCUUCAACUAUUUCUUUGGCAUUCGGAGCUUUUGUCUUUGCCUUUGGAGGGACCGGACCAUUUCCAACCUUCCAAAAUGACAUGAGGAAGAAGAAUAGAUUUACUAGAGCAGUUACCUUUGGAUUUAUAAUUUUAUUGAUUCUCUUCCUGCCUUUGGCUGUAAUGGGAUAUCUAACUUAUGGCUCAUCUGUUAGUACCAAUAUUAUAAACUCAAUCCCAAAUGGAACUCAUCGUAUUGUUGUGUCCAUCUUAAUGACUGGACAUCUAUUUUUUGCUUCACUGUUAAUGAUUAAUCCUGCACUUCAACAAAUUGAAGAUAAAUUUUCGAUUCCUCACACAUUCAAUUGGAAGAGAGUCGCUAUCAGAGUAACAAUGCUGUGUAUUAUAUUAUUUCUUGGUGAAUCUGUUCCAAGAUUUGGCAAACUAUUAGAUCUAGUUGGUGGAUCAACAGCUACUGGCUUGGCAUUUGUAUUCCCACCAUUAUUUUAUAUUAAAUUGUGUUCAAUGAAAAAUUCAUCUUGGCCUGAUAGACGAAUAUCAUUGCUAAAUAAAUUGUAUUAUUACAAGAUUAUUUUAUUAGGAAUCGUUGGCGGAGUCUGUGCAACUAUUGCAGCUGUUAUAACAAUUUUAGGUCCAAACACAUUUGUAUUACCUUGUUAUAUUGAUUUUAACUGUACUUAUGAAUGAUUGUGUUUAUAAGUUUUUAUUAGAUAGUUUAAGGGUCAGUUGCAUUGAGAACGGAGCUUGGUUGAUUUAAUCAACUUUCAUUUUUAUUUGAAUUGUAAAAAUAUAUAAAUUGUAAAACUAUUUUAAAAAUGCGAUAUGGUUUUCGAGCUUAAGAAAUUUUAUUAAAACAUUUGCAAUAGACUAUUGCCAUUGA